CCAGUGACACAAUAGCAGCUCCCACCAAGAUGGCGGCGGCGACGGUGGACCCGGGAGCAGGGAGUCCGCAGGCUGGGGACUCUUCCAGCGGGGGGGCUGGGGGCGGGCUGCCCUCCCCUGGGGAUCAGGAGCUGAGCCGGCGCCUGCAGCGUCUGUACCCCGCGGUCAACCAGCACGAGACGCCAUUGCCGCGUUCCUGGAGCCCCAAGGACAAGUACAACUACAUCGGCCUCUCUCAGGGCAACCUCCGUGUCCACUACAAAGGUCAUGGCAAAAAUCAUAAAGAUGCAGCCUCAGUUCGAGCUACUCACCCCAUACCCGCUGCCUGUGGUAUUUACUACUUUGAGGUGAAGAUCAUCAGCAAAGGAAGAGAUGGGUACAUGGGAAUAGGACUCUCAGCUCAAGGAGUCAACAUGAACAGACUUCCUGGUUGGGACAAACAUUCUUAUGGUUACCAUGGUGAUGAUGGGCAUUCCUUCUGCUCCUCUGGGACUGGCCAGCCAUAUGGUCCCACAUUCACCACAGGAGAUGUGAUCGGCUGCUGUGUCAACCUCAUCAACGGCACCUGCUUCUACACCAAGAAUGGCCACAGUCUUGGUAUAGCCUUCACAGAUCUACCGGCCAACCUCUACCCCACCGUAGGCCUCCAGACACCUGGGGAGAUUGUGGAUGCCAACUUUGGGCAGCAACCCUUCCUGUUCGACAUUGAGGACUACAUGCGGGAAUGGCGUGCUAAGGUCCAGGGCACUGUCCACGGCUUCCCUAUCAGUGCCCGGCUCGGUGAAUGGCAGGCGGUGCUGCAGAACAUGGUCUCGUCUUACCUGGUGCAUCAUGGGUAUUGUGCCACGGCCACAGCUUUUGCCCGAAUGACUGAAACCCCGAUUCAGGAAGAACAGGCGUCCAUAAAGAACAGACAAAAGAUCCAGAAGCUGGUGCUGGAGGGUCGGGUGGGCGAAGCCAUUGAAACAACCCAGCGCUUCUACCCUGGGCUGCUGGAGCACAACCCCAACCUGCUUUUCAUGCUCAAGUGCCGACAAUUUGUGGAGAUGGUGAAUGGCACUGACAGUGAGGUCCGCAGCUUGAGCUCCCGAAGCCCCAAGUCCCAAGACAGCUAUCCUGGCUCCCCCAGCCUCAGCCCCCGACAUGGCCCCAGUAGUUCCCACAUGCACAACACAGGAGCAGACAGUCCCAGCUGCAGCAAUGGCGUCGCAUCCACCAAGAGCAAACAGAACCACAGUAAAUACCCCGCACCCAGCUCCUCCUCCUCGUCCUCGUCCUCCUCGUCCUCCUCCUCCCCGUCCUCCGUCAAUUACUCCGAGUCCAACUCAACAGACUCUACCAAGUCCCAGCCCCACAGCAGUACCAGUAACCAGGAGACCAGUGACAGCGAAAUGGAGAUGGAAGCAGAACAUUAUCCCAAUGGCAUGCUGGAAACCAUGUCCACACGCAUUGUCAAUGGUGCCUACAAACAUGAGGACCUGCAGACAGAUGAGUCUAGCAUGGAUGAUGGACAUCCACGACGGCAGCUCUGCGGGGGCAACCAGGCUGCCACAGAAAGGAUCAUCCUGUUUGGCCGUGAGUUGCAAGCACUGAGUGAGCAGCUGGGCCGCGAGUAUGGCAAGAAUGUGGCCCACACAGAAAUGUUACAGGAUGCCUUCAGCCUACUGGCAUACUCAGACCCCUGGAGCUGUCCAGUUGGCCAGCAGCUUGACCCUAUCCAGAGAGAACCUGUAUGUGCUGCUCUCAACAGCGCCAUUUUAGAGUCUCAGAACCUGCCAAAGCAGCCUCCUCUGAUGCUUGCCCUGGGCCAGGCAUCUGAAUGUCUACGGCUCAUGGCCAGAGCAGGCCUGGGAUCUUGCUCCUUUGCCAGAGUUGAUGACUACUUGCACUAGCUGACCGACCAUACUGGCUGGCCCCACCUGACCCUCCUUCGGCUCCCGGGCUGGAGCAGCCCUGCCCUCCAUAUGCACCUGGCACAGGGACCUGGAAGCCAUGGAAAGAGUCCAUUCCUCCCGCCUGGCCUGCCUGCCCAACCUCCCUCUUUCUUUUCCUUCCUUCCUUCCUUCCUUCCUUCCUUCCUUCCU